AUGCUGCGGAUUCAGACCGUGUCGGGUGAAGAACUCGUUGCCCUUGACUUGACGAGCUUUCUCGAGACGCUGUCUGCAGGGAUGCAUCCUGUCCGCGCAGUGAAGCAACACUUGCACAGCAUUUGUGGUGUGUCAAGGUUCAGGCAAAGGCUGGUAUUUCUUGAUGAUGGCACAGUUCUAGGUGACGAUGGAACCCUGAGACCUGGCGAAGUUCAGGUCGUACUUCUAAGCUUCUGCCCAGCAUCAGACGCUACAGUGACACUGCUUCGGGGUGUAGCUAGACGUGGCCUGUCAGCAGAAGUGGAGACUCUUCUACAAAGACCGCAAGACCCAGAUUUGGGCGAUCCGGCCCCUCUGUUCGAGGCGUCCGAGCACGGCCAAGCAGAGGUUGCACGCCUUUUGCUGGAGGCCAAUGCAGACAAGGACAAGGCCAAGCAGGACGGCGCCACCCCGUUGUUCAUUGCGGCUGAGCAGGGGCAGCUGGAGGUUGCACGCCUUUUGCUGGAGGCCAAUGCAGACAAGGACAAGGCCAAGCGGGACGGCGCCACCCCGUUGUUCAUUGCGGCUCAGCAGGGGCAGCUGGAGGUUGCACGCCUUUUGCUGGAGGCCAAUGCAGACAAGGACAAGGCCCAGCAGGAUGGCGCUACUCCUUUGUUCAUUGCAGCUUGGGAGGGGCAGCUGGAGGUCGCAUGCCUUCUGCUGGAGAGCAAUGCCGACAAAGACAAGGCCAUGGAGCAUGGUGCCACCCCGUUGUUUAUUGCAGCUCAAAGCGGGCGGCUGGAGGUUGCACGCAUUUUGCUGGAGAGCAGAGCAGACAUGGACAGGGCCAUGGAUGAUGGCGCCACGCCGUUGCUGGUUGCAGCUGAUAGAGGGCAGUUGGAUGUUGCACGUCUUUUGCUGGAGAGCAAUGCUGACAAGGACACAGCCCAACAGAAUGGCGCCACCCCAUUGUUCAUUGCAGCUCAAAGCGGGCGGCUGGAGGUGGCACGUUUGCUGCUGAAUGCCAAUGCAGACAUUCAGAGGGCCAUGGAUAAUGGCGCCACCCCAUUGCUGGGUGCAGCUGAUAGAGGGCAGUUAGAUGUUGCACGCCUUCUGCUGGAGUCCAAUGCUGACAAGGACAAAGCUAUGCAUAAUGGCGCCACCCCAUUGUUCAUUGCAGCUCAAAGCGGGCGGCUGGAGGUGGCACGCUUGCUGCUGGACGCCGUUGCAGACAUGGACAGGGCCAUGGAUGAUGGCGCCACGCCGUUGCUGGUUGCAGCUCAUAAUGGGCAGUUGGACGUUGCACGCCUUUUGCUGGAGUCCAAUGCUGACAAGAACAAAGCCAAGCAUAAUGGCGCCACCCCUUUGUUCAUUGCAGCUGAACAUGGACAGCUGGAGAUUGCACGCUUACUGCUGAUCGCCAAUGCGGACAUGGACAAGGCCAUGCAGGACGGCGGCACCCCAUUGCUAAUUGCAGCUCGUAAUGGGCAGUUGGAUGUUGUACGCCUUCUGCUGGAGUCCAAUGCGGACAAGGACCAGACCCAAAAGCAUGGUGCCGGUGCCACCCCAUUGUUCUUUGCAGCUCAGCAUGGGCAGCUUGAAGUUGCACAACUUCUACUCGAUGCCGAGGCGGACAUGGACAAGGCCACGCAUGCUGGCGCCACCCCUUUGUUCACUGCAGCUGAGCAUGGGCAGCUGGAAAUUGUGCAACUUCUGCUGGAGGUCAACGCGGACAUGGACAUAGCCACGCAUUCUGGCGCAACCCCUUUGUUCAUUGCAGCUGAGAGAGGGCAGCUGGAGGUUGCACUACUGCUGAACGCCAAGGCGGACAUGGACAAGGCCAUGGAUUAUGGCGCCAGCCCAUAA